ACAAUGUCAUUGGGGAAUCUCGACCGUCCAUCUAAUUUUCCGACGGUAAAGAAACUCCACAAAUUUCUACCGUCGAUAGCAUAACCUCAACGGUCCAGAUAUGUUCUGAAACGCGGGAAACAGAGUCUUGGAAACUCCCAGGGCAAUCGAACAUUAUGCCGUUAAAAACCCUACAUUUGUAGAACAAAAUUAAUGUGAAUUUAUCGCAACAAUCACAAUUUAGUUCUUACGUUCUUCCACAAGCAAAUUUUGCAUAUUGUUCACAUGUGCUGAUACAGAGGAAAGAUAAUUUGCUAAAACUAAUUGGCCAGGGUCUUUGUGGUAACAUGCCAAACGUCAGGGCACGCAAAUCUUCAGUUUUGCAAGAAACUGCUACGCCCUCCACAAUCGACAAUAGAACCCUGUCUGUAAAAUCUAAAAAAACAAUGCACUGUCAGAGUGAAAGUCCAAUUUUUUUAACUCCAGGCAAUAUCAGGAGAAGCGCAAGAAUCAGUAAUAGGCUAAGUGACACACAGCUAGUGCCAGAUAAUUGUGCUGAAGUUGGACCUUCCUCGGCCACGAAAGCAGACAAUGUUGAUCCCGGAAUGCUGAUUGAUAAUGUUGAGGGCCAGGAAACUCCUGUAAACAAGGAUAAUAUGACCAGCUCCAGCAGAGGUAGGGGCAAUGUAAGCAGUAGAGGCCAGGUAAGAGGAAGGGGUAAGCGUAAAUUAUCCAGCACACAUGUUGAUAUUCAAGAAGAUCAGACUGCAGGGAUAAGUAAGGGGAGUAAAGGUGGAAGAGGCAAGUGGAAAAGGAAAUUAACUCCUGGGAAAUCCAGGGAAGGUAACUUAUCUGAGGAUGAGUCUGAUAAAGAAAUAGAUUCUUCAGACAAUGAAUCUGAGGAGUAUAUGAUGAAUGUCCAAGGUAAACCUAACAACAAUGUGGAAAUGAGAAAUCAUGUAGAUGGAGAUUACAGGGAUAAAGAAAUUCUUUCAAAUGCAGAAUCCCAUGUGGGUGAUGGGAUUCUUAGUCUUGCUGAACCAGCAGAUCCAGCUGGUAAAGAUAUCCUACAAAAUACACAACAAAAACAAAGACAGAAUCAUAAUAAUGGAACUGCAGAGGAAGAUGUAAUGGAAGUGGAUAAUGCUCCUGCAAAUGAAAACCAGGAUCAUAAUAACAGAGAUGCAGAACUUAAUGUUGGAGAAAAUGCUGCGCCUGUAAACCAAGACCAGAGUCAUAAUGAUAGACAUGAAGGACAAAAUUUAAUGCAAGAGAAUGCUACUCACCAAAAUCAAAUGCAGGAGCAUAAUAAUAGAGUUCUGGUCAGAGAUAGGUUUCUUGCAAUAGCACGACAGAGGGCUGCACAUUUUGCUUUCUUUAAGCCAGAAGAUGAACAAUCCUCAGCUUCUCAGAAAAGGCCUGAGCCUAAUAUCGAAGGCAGAAGUGAUGAAGAGAAAAGAGAUUGGCCUGGUCCAUUUUCUACUGGUAGGCGCUUGGUUGAAGAAAGAGCAGGAGUAUUAGCAGCUCGAAAGGAAAAGCUUGCUGGAAGUGGGAAAUCUGCUUCUCUAAUGGAAUGGGCACCCACACGAGAUAAAGACUUCAAAACCCAUACUUUGCCAACCCCACUUGAAGAAUUGUGCUUAGGAGUCUUGUGCAAACAUGUUGAGUUUAUUGAGUCACUGGAAGGAAUCCCUGAUGCAACAAAGAACAAAAUCUGUCAUGCUUUCUGUGCAUCACGAAAGGUGACUGCUCAGGUUCUACGAUUAUUCAUCACAGGGUCACAAACAGAAAUAUGUGUUCCAGAUUGUUCUCUUGUAUCAGAGGCAGAGCUCAACGAGCUGAUGGCACAAUGUUCAACCACUAGUUUAGAGGUGCUUCAGUUAGGCAUGUGUGGACGUGGUUUAACAGAUCGUUUAAUACAAGCUACCUUUGCUUGCCCUUCUGUGGGAUUGCCUUGCUUAACUCGCCUUUCAUUAAAUGGUGCAUAUCGCCUUUCAGAUGUUGGAUUAAAGGCACUCGUACAGGCUGCUCCUCUACUGAGCUCUAUGGACAUAAGUCGCUGUUCAUUUUUGUCAGAAGCUAGCAUUAAUUCUAUAGCUGACCAUUUAGCUCCAGUGAUUAGGGAAUUGCGUUUGGAGGAGUGCAAUCAGCUAGAUGCAAUGAGAAUUCUGCCCGCACUCAAGAAAAUGCACAAGUUGGAGGUACUCUCAGUUGCAGGGAUAACGAGUGUUACUGAUGAAUUUGUGACUGAAAUCCUUGCUUAUAUAGGUUGUGAUCUGAUAGAGCUUUCUCUUGCAGAUUGUGGGAAGUUGACUGAUGGUGCUUUAGAAGCCAUAGGUGCUGUGUGCUGUGGGCUAAAUAUCCUUAUCUUGGAUAAUCUCUAUCUUUUGACUGACACAUCACUUGCAUACCUCACUAACGGCUGUAGAUCACUUAAAAAGCUGUCACUGAAAAGAUGUUCAUUCAGUGAUGAAGCUGUUGCUGCAUUCGUUGCUGGUUCUGGGAAUAACUUAUCUGAUCUUUCACUCAACAGUGUAAAGGAGGUUGAUGAUCAUACUAUUCUUUCGCUUGUAAGCAAUGCCUCUGAGAAUUUGCUUAGGCUGGAUUUAUCUUGGUGCCGCAAAUUGACGGAUGAGGCGCUUGGACUUCUGGCUGAUUCUUGUCUUCAUUUACAUGAGCUUAUCUUAUUUGGGUGCACCCAGGUCACAGAUAAAUUUCUGAAAGGUCAUUCAAAUAGUCAUCUGGAAGUUCAUGGAGUGUAAGAAAUAGAAAACAGCCCCAUGAUGAUCUAUGCUUUCAUCAUCCAGUUUCGUCCCUGGGGAAACUGACUUUUGUAGACUUCAAAAUUUCAGAUUAGAGUGAUCACAAUGUUUUAUUUCUAUUUAAAUUGUACGGCUAUGAUGCUGCUCUUGUGAAUUCACUCAAAUGGGUUGGAGGGUUGUGACCGAGUAUAUUUUAUUGCAUAUAUUAAAAAGCCUGUACGGUUCUUUUCAUAAUGUGUUAGGUCAUCAACUUCAGAGAAAAUGUACAGCAAACGAUGUACCCUAGAAAUUAAAGGGUGAGCAUUUUCUGAAAGACAACUCGUAAGGGAGAACAUAUCUUCACAAAUAUAUGGGUACUAAACUGUUUUUUCUGCAGAUUGAUUGGUAAACCGAUUUCUGCAGGGUAAGAUGUUAUCAAAAAAACAUUUUGGAAUGAAGUGAGGUCAAAAUUGAUUGACUAAAGGAUUCUCAAAGCCUUGUAAACUCAAUUUUAACAAGAACAUUAUAUUUAAAAUAUGGGACGAUACUACAAUUUUUUUAA